AGCGGGCGUGGGGUGCUCGGCGGGCCCCGCGGGGCGGCGGCGGCAGCAUGCGGGGCUGCCGGCCGCUCGCGCUGCUCUGCGCGCUGCCCUGGCUGCUGCGGGCGGCGGGGGGGCGCCGCGACCCCCGCGACCCCGCCAGGGGCGCCGACUUCGACCGCGUCUACAGCGGGGUGGUGAGCCUCAGCACCGAGAACAUCUACUCCUUCAACUACACCAGCCUGCCGGGACAGGUGAAUGCUGUGAGAGUGUACGUGAACAGUUCCACAGAGAACCUCAACUACCCAGUGCUGGUUGUGGUCCGCCAACAGAAAGCGGUACUAUCCUGGCAGGUGCCACUCCUCUUCCAAGGACUAUACCAGAGGAGCUACAACUACCAGGAGGUGAGCCGUACCUUAUGUCCCUCAGAAGCCACCAACGAAACAGGACCUCUGCAGCAACUGAUAUUUGUAGAUGUUGCAUCCAUGGCGCCCCUGGGUGCGCAGUACAAACUGCUGGUCACCAAGAUCAAGCACUUCCAGCUGCAGACAAAUGUUCCCUUUCACUUCACUGCCAGCCCCUCUCAACCUCAGUAUUUCCUGUACAAAUUUCCUAAAGACGUGGAUUCAGUUAUUGUUAAAGUCAUGUCCGAAGUGGCUUAUCCGUGUUCUGUGGUCUCAGUUCAGAAUAUUAUGUGCCCGGUGUAUGAUCUUGACCACAAUGUGGAAUUCAAUGGCGUCUACCAAUCCAUGACCAAGAAAGCGGCCAUCACACUGCAGAAGAAGGAUUUUCCAGGGGAGCAGUUCUUUGUGGUGUUUGUCAUAAAGCCAGAAGAUUAUGCCUGUGGAGGAUCUUUCUUCAUCCAGGAAAAGGAUAACCAGACCUGGAAUCUACAACGAGCAAAGAACCUUAAAGUAACCAUUGUUCCUUCUAUUAAAGCAUCCGUUUACGUAAAAUCAAUUCUUCUCAGUUGCCUCAUCUUCUUCUCCUUCUACUUGGGAUGCCUGUUUAUUGCAUUUGUCCAUUAUAUGAGGUUUCAAAGAAAACCCAUUGAUGGAAGUUUUGGUUCCAAUGAUGGUUCUGGAAAUAUGGCAGUAUCACACCCAAUUGCAGCCAGCACCCCUGAAGGAAGCAAUUAUGGAGCAAUAGAUGAAUCAAGCUCCAGUCAGGGCCGGCAGAUGUCUUCCUCAGACGGUGGGCCAGCGGGUCAGUCCGACACAGACAGCUCCGUAGAGGAGAGUGACUUUGACACCAUGCCUGAUAUUGAGAGUGAUAAAAAUGUCAUCCGAACCAAGGUCUUCCUUUACCUGUCAGAUCUGUCUCGAAAAGACCGGAGAAUUGUCAGCAAAAAAUAUAAGAUUUAUUUUUGGAACAUUGUCACCAUUGCUGUGUUUUAUGCACUGCCUGUGAUCCAGCUGGUGAUCACCUACCAGACAGUGGUAAAUGUCACUGGUAACCAAGACAUCUGCUACUACAACUUCCUCUGUGCUCACCCCUUGGGAGUCCUGAGUGCUUUCAACAACAUUCUCAGUAACCUGGGCCACGUGCUCCUGGGGCUCCUCUUCCUGCUGAUAGUCUUGCGCCGGGACAUUCUCCAUCGGAGAGCUCUGGAAGCCAAAGACAUCUUCGCCAUGGAGUAUGGGAUUCCCAAACACUUUGGUCUCUUCUAUGCUAUGGGCAUCGCACUGAUCAUGGAAGGAGUGCUCAGUGCCUGCUACCACGUCUGCCCUAAUUAUUCCAACUUCCAAUUCGACACUUCCUUCAUGUACAUGAUCGCCGGCCUGUGCAUGCUGAAGCUCUACCAGACGCGCCACCCCGACAUCAACGCCAGCGCCUACGCCGCCUAUGCCUCUUUCGCCGUGGUCAUCACGCUCACUGUCCUUGGAGUGGUGUUUGGGAAGAAUGACUUGUGGUUCUGGAUCAUCUUCUCUGCGAUUCACAUUCUGGCCUCUCUGGCCAUCAGCACACAGAUCUACUACCUAGGCCGUUUCAAGAUAGAUGUUUCUGACACAGCAGAUUUGGGGAUAUUCCGACGGGCCGCGAGGGUGUUCUACACAGACUUCGUCCAGCAGUGCAGCCGGCCUCUGUACAUGGAUAGAAUGGUAUUGCUCAUCGUGGGGAAUCUGGUUAACUGGUCCUUCGCCUUCUUUGGACUGAUGUAUCGGCCCCGGGACUUUGCUUCCUACAUGCUGGGCAUCUUCAUCUGCAACCUGCUGCUCUACCUGGCCUUUUACAUCAUUAUGAAGCUUCGCAGCUCGGAGAAGGUCCUCCCCAUCCCGCUCUUCUGCAUCAUCGCCACGGCUGUGGUGUGGGCCGCCGCCCUGUAUUUUUUCUUCCAGAAUCUCAGCAGCUGGGAGGGAACUCCGGCUGAGUCCCGGGAGAAGAAUCGGGAGUGUGUCCUGCUCAACUUCUUUGAUGACCAUGACAUCUGGCACUUCCUCUCUGCUACUGCCCUGUUUUUCUCAUUCUUGGUGUUGUUAACCCUGGAUGAUGACCUGGAUGUUUCUCGGAGAGACCAGAUCCCUGUCUUCUGAACCCACAGCAUUAAGAUGGGGAGAGAGAGACAGCUCAAUCUUGGUGCUGUUUCAAGAAAUGCAACAUAAUUGUAAAGCUGCCACUGCCAAAUGCUCCAUCACCCUAUGAUCAACCAAGUCUGCAGCAUUCAUUCACACGGGGGGAGAGGAGACAGGGGAGAUCCAAGCACUCAAGAAGCUAGACAGGAAAGGAAACGCUGGCUAUGGGCAGAGGCCGGCCUCAGAAUCCAGAACCUCCAUCCUCUUCUGCUUCCAACUCUGACUUGGACAGGAAUAAAAGCUGCAUGAAAACGAGGCCCCGAGAGUGGCAAGGCACUUGGUUCAAUUCCAGCAUCAUGUAUGUUCCCCUGAGUACUGCCAGGAAUCACCCUGAGCACAGAGGCAGGAGUAGACCCUGAGUACUAGUGGAUAUGGCCCCCAAACAAAACAAUCAACUCACCUCUUGAGACCCAUCUCUGGCCUUCUGAGAUUUGCCAACAAUGCCACCUCCAUUCCCAGAAAGCCCAGAAGCUCGGCGUCCCUCUCUGACACUCCCAUCCACAGUGUUUGCUGCUGCAGAAGUCACAAAGCUGCAGCUCACACCUGCAGGGGCCCUGGUGACUCCUAAAACUAACUCUGUGGCAGAGUGGUGUCCAGGCCCUACACGGCUGCGAAAAAUGCUUUUGAAGUUUGGACAAGUCACCUCCUGACCCCAUUGCAAAGACUCCAGAUGGGACCUUAUCACACAUUCCUCUUCAUUGGUGGCCAUCUCUGGGAUAGAGGCCUGGAGGCUGACCCCUUCUCCAGCAUCUUUGUCUCACUGCUGGGUGUGGACCCUGCCACUUAAGUGGCCUUCCUGGCAAGGUCCUGCCAUUCCACAGGCCAGCUCUGAAGGGGAGAUCCACGUGUUUAAGAAGGUAGACAGGAAGGAGAGCCCUGUCUAUGCGCAGAGGCCUAAAGAAUCCAGAAGCCUCAUCUUCUUCUGCUUACAGCUCUGACUAGGACAAGAAUAAAAGCUGCAUGAAAAUUAGGAAACAGGAAUGGAAAAUUUCUGCCAGCAGCACAAGAGAAAUGAGCCGCAUUGAGCAGAGACUCAUGAGCUCAGCAUCGAGCACACAGACCAGAAGGACCGGGGAUCCUGGAGCAAGUUCAGCCAAGCCAAGUGCUUUUGUGCUUUUGUGCGCCUCCAGUUCCAACAGCUCCACUCCGUGCCCUGCCACACUGCCUUCGGGAAAGAAAUGUGUGUUCUCCAAGCACGAGGGGUACUCCAUGAUGGAGAAGACCCCUUGUCUGGCCCUUCAUGCAGAGCGGGGUCUGCAGGCAUCCUGCCAGAAGUUCUCUCUCUAGAAGUAAAGCUUGCGGUUAAACACAAUUUAUUCUUCUGCUUCCAAAGAGAACAGCCUGUCUUCACCUGUCUCUUGGUUGCACCUGCUUCUCAUCGUCUCCACAGCAAGGUGUUGAAAGCUUGUGUGUCUGUCCUUUCACUCUGCUACUCUGUCCCCCCAGAUAGUUUCAUUUUAACUAGGCUCAACUAUUAUCAGAGUAUGAUGUAUCAGGAUCUGUACCCAGAACUGUGUAGACAGAGAUGUGUAUUGGCCUGUGAAAUUGCCGGAACCCUUCCCACUUCUCCGGGUCUGCCUUUGUGUUUGGAGAUGUGGACUCGCCUUCUGUAAUAACUAUAGUUCCCUCUCUAAAAUAUUGCAUAAAGUUCAAAAGCACAUUGUGGAAGUUUGAGCAACAAUCUUUUGCUGAUUCGAAAAUGCAAAGAGGCUUUAAUAAAAUAAUUUGUGAUCUUUUCUCCAAA